UACUCAGCCGCCCAGUUCCGCUUCCGGUGCGGGCCGCGCGCGAGCGCAGCGGUGGGAGGCGGCGACGAGCCGGUGAGUGCAGGCGGCGGGCCUUGACCUCCCAGCUUCGGGCGACGUCAGGCCAGCUUCGCCCUCGCCUCGGCCUCUCCCCUGUCUGCUGUGAGAUUCUGCCUGGCCCCGGUCCCGAGGGCCGCCCGCCCUGCACCUCCUCGGCCUACCGGGCCUCAGGCCGCGCCCUGCGCCCGCCGUCGGACCGAAUUCGCCGCGUCGGACCCGCUGUUUGCCACAGGUUGAGGCCGCAGACUUGGCCUCACCACGAUGUGGCACGAAGCUCGGAAGCAUGAGCGGAAGCUUCGAGGCAUGAUGGUGGACUACAAGAAGAGGGCAGAGCGGAGGCGGGAGUACUAUGAGAAGAUCAAGAAGGACCCAGCCCAGUUCCUGCAGGUGCACGGUCGAGCUUGCAAGGUGCACCUGGAUUCUGCGGUUGCCCUGGCUGCUGAGAGCCCCGUUAACAUGAUGCCCUGGCAGGGGGACACCAACAACAUGAUUGACCGCUUUGAUGUCCGUGCCCACCUGGACCACAUCCCUGACUACACCCCGCCACUGCUCACCACCAUCUCCCCAGAACAGGAGUCGGACGAGCGGAAAUGUAACUACGAGCGUUACCGAGGCCUGGUGCAGAACGACUUUGCUGGCAUCUCAGAGGAGCAGUGCCUAUACCAGAUCUACAUUGACGAGCUAUACGGAGGCCUCCAGAGACCCAGUGAGGACGAGAAGAAGAAGCUGGCAGAGAAGAAGGCUUCCAUUGGCUACACCUAUGAGGACAGCACAGUGGCCGAGGUGGAGAAGGUGGCUGAGAAGCCAGAGGAGGAGGAGUCACCAGCUGAGGAGGAGAGCAACUCGGAUGAAGAUGAGGUCAUCCCCGACAUCGACGUGGAGGUGGAUGUGGACGAACUGAACCAGGAGCAGGUGGCAGAUCUCAACAAACAGGCCACAACCUAUGGCAUGGCUGACGGCGACUUCGUCAGGAUGCUCCGGAAAGACAAGGAGGAGGCAGAGGCCAUCAAACACGCCAAGGCCCUUGAGGAGGAGAAAGCCAUGUACUCGGGCCGUCGCUCCCGGCGCCAGCGGAGGGAGUUCCGGGAGAAGCGACUGAGGGGCCGCAAGAUCAGCCCACCCAGCUAUGCCCGGCGAGACAGCCCUACCUACGACCCCUAUAAGCGGUCGCCUUCGGAAUCCAGCUCCGAAUCCCGCUCCCGCUCCCGCUCCCCAACCCCGGGCCGAGAGGAGAAGAUCACAUUCAUCACCAGUUUUGGGGGCAGUGAUGAGGAGGCAGCUGCGGCCGCAGCUGCAGCAGCUGCAUCAGGGGCCGCCACAGGGAAGCCCCCCGCGCCCCCCCAGCCCGGCGGCCCCGCACCGGGACGUAAUGCCAGCGCCCGGUCGGUAACGCUCACGCUGCCUGCCCUACACCCCAGCCACCGUUGGGGGGGACGCGGGGCAGUGGGGGGCCUGGCCCAGGCUGGUGCUGACUGGCUCUCCGUGCCCCACCUGCAGCCCCGUGGCCGGCGGCAUUCAGGUGGGGGCUCCCGAGACGGACACCGCUACUCCCGCUCGCCUGCCCGGCGUGGCGGUUACGGGCCCCGGCGCAGAAGCAGGAGCCGCUCCCGCUCAGGGGAUCGGUACAGGCGGGGUGGCCGGGGCCCCCGGCACCACAGCAGUAGCCGCAGCCGCAGCAGCUGGUCCCUCAGCCCGUCCCGAAGUCGCAGCCUGACCCGGAGCCGCAGCCUCAGCCGGAGCCGCAGCCACAGCCAGAGUCACUCGCCGUCGCCCCCGAGGGAGAAGCUGACCAGGCCGGCGGCGUCUCCCGCUGUGGGAGAGAAGCUGAAAAAGACUGAACCGGCUGCUGGUAAAGAGACAGGAGCUGCCAAACCCAAGCUGACGCCGCAGGAGAAGCUGAAGCUGAGGAUGCAGAAGGCGCUGAACAGGCAGUUCAAGGCGGAUAAGAAGGCGGCUCAGGAGAAGAUGAUCCAGCAGGAGCACGAGCGCCAGGAGCGGGAAGACGAGCUUCGAGCCAUGGCCCGCAAGAUCCGAAUGAAGGAGCGGGAACGCCGAGAGAAGGAGAGAGAAGAAUGGGAACGCCAGUACAGCCGGCAGAGCCGCUCGCCCUCCCCCCGUUACAGUCGAGAAUACAGCUCUUCCCGAAGGCGCUCAAGGUCCAGAUCCCGAAGCCCCCAUUACCGUCAUUAGGCAGAAGCGACAGUGGCAGAGGGGUGAGGGGGUGGGGCGAGGGCUCAAGUUGUGAUGCUGCUGGUUUUAUCUCUGAUGAAAUAAAAUCACACAUUAUUUAAUUCCCUUCA